AUGACAACCCUUUCGUUCAGCAACUACGCUUACGCCCAAGGGCCGCUUGGGCCUGUGCGAAUGGGCCCGAUGGCGCGUAACCGUGAGCAAUUUGGCGGCAAUGACCUUGGUGGUGGAUUUGGUGGAGGCAUCAACGGAUUCGGAGGUGAUGGGGCUGCUGGUUUCGGUCAGUUUGGUGGAAAUGGUGGAACCUUUAACCAAAUCGGUAAUAAUGUCGGUGGAGGCUUCGGCGGUAGCAACCAGCUCGGAUUCGGAGGGGGAGGCAACGGUUUCGCGAUGAGUCGAGGCGCGAUAUCUAACAGGUUUAUGGCUGGUGCAGGCGGUGGUGCUGGAACAGGAGAUGUCAUGGGACCAGGUGCUGGCAACCGUGGCUCUGACAAUGACGGACCUGUUACACCCGCCCCGACCAUGCCAAACGGGGAACCAGUAUCCAGUAGCAUUGGUGUCGGAGCUACUCAAGGCGGAGCUGGCAUUAGUAAUUCUCCUAUUGGCCCUGGCGCUGGUGGCCUCGGUGGAGGAUUUGGCGUUGGUGGUCAGCCAGGAGGAUUUGGUGGUGGCAUGGGCCCAUUAAACGGACGCUUUGAUGGAAAUGGCGGUGCAGGUGGUGUGGGCGGUUUUAACGGCAUGACUGGCGGCGCUUUUGGAGCUGGAGGAAUGGGAGGAAAUGGUGUUUAA